AUGGAUACCUAUGGAUCUGCCAAUGGAUCGACGAAGUACAGGACGGUGUCGUCGCAGCCCGAGAAUCCGUUCGCCAAACUUAUCCCCGACCAGACCUUUGCCGUCAUCCCCCGGGUCACGCUCGAAUCCGGCGUCGUGUUACACAAUGUCAGCGUUGCCUACAAGACCUACGGUACCCUCGCGCCCAGCGGAGACAAUGCCAUGGUGAUAUGCCAUGCGCUCACCGGAAGCGCUGACGUGGGAGACUGGUGGGGACCGUUGCUAGGUGGGCCUGGGAAGGCUUUUGAUAUAUCGCGCUUCUUCGUCGUCUGUAUGAACAGUCUCGGCAGUCCUUACGGGAGCGCAAGCCCGGUCACAGCAAAAGAUGGCGACGUCUCGCUGGGUCCGUACGGACCCGAGUUUCCACUGACAACUUCGAGCGAAAUCUGGAAUUCGUACUUGGAAGCCGCUAACGGGCACAGUGUCUUCAAGCUCCUCUUGGAUGAUCUUGGUGUGAAGCAGGUCGCUGCCGUCAUUGGAGGAUCCAUGGGCGGUAUGCUUGUCCUCGAGUUUGCCUACUUCGGAAAAGACUACGUCAAGACCAUCAUCCCGAUAGCCACUUCCGCUCGCUACAGCGCAUGGGGCAUCAGCUGGGGCGAAGCGCAACGGCAAAGUAUCUACAGUGACCCCAAAUACGACGACGGCUAUUACGCAUAUGAAGAUCCUCCAUCGACCGGGCUUGGAGCCGCACGCAUGUCUGCUUUACUGACUUACAGAAGCCGCGACUCGUUCGAAUCAAGAUUUGGGCGCAACACACCAGACCUAUCCAAGAAACAGAGCAUCAAUACUGUACCGCGACCGACCACUCCGUCCAAUCCCUCCCAUGAACACUGGGCGAUACACAACCACGGUCACAAGAACGCUGGCUCGCCGCGUCUGAUGUCACGGACAAACAGCAGUACCGCCAUACCCGGUUCUGCAGCCGCACAUGCCGACCUCGAGUUCCAUGAUGCAUCGGACCCAGCCACUCCGAACCUCGAAAGGUCAAGCUCGACAAGUAGCAACAGUCAAUUCCCGCGCUCAUCGAAGCCUCUUGCGCCGCACUACUUCUCAGCACAGUCCUACCUCCGUUACCAGGCCGACAAGUUCAUCAAGCGUUUUGACGCUAAUUGUUACAUCGCAAUCACAAGAAAGCUGGAUACGCAUGAUGUAUCCCGCUACCGCUAUCCUGAAGGCGAGACACCCGACACACUAGAUCCAGUAUCGGCCCUUCAUUAUGCGCUUUCCUUGAUUGAACAGCCUACACUGGUACUAGGUAUACAGUCGGACGGUCUCUUCACAUUUGCCGAACAGAAGGAAUUGGCCGCUUGUAUUCCCAAGGCUACACUUAAGACGAUCGAUUCUCCAGAUGGUCACGACGCCUUCCUCCUGGAAUUUGAGCAGGUAAACAAACACUUACUAGGCUUCCUCGAGACCGAGCUUCCAGAGAUCAUGAAUAGAACACCAAACGUAGAGACCGCAACAAGCGAUUCUGGUAUGGUCGCCACCAAAAGCAGCACGUUUGGUGAGGCUGAGGUCGACGAUAUCACGGCAUGGUAA